AUGCGUGUCGCCAAGAUCGUAACACUACUUUCCACGUCGUUAUCUAUAUGUUCUGUAUGGGCUGUGGAUGCGCCUGUUCGAGUCCCUCUUUCUUGGACUGAAGCGACAGGAAAAGCCACCCGUUUUGUUUCCCAGCUCAACACUACAGAGAAGAUUGGCCUCGUCACUGGUAAUUAUGGCUCCUCUCCAGGCCCACCCUGUGUAGGCUCGCUCGUGGCAAUCGAGCGACUCAACUACAAUGGCCUGUGCAUGUCCGAUGGCCCCGCUGGUUUGUCGCGUUCGGAUGGCGUCAGUGUGUUUGCUUCCGGUAUCACGGUCGCGGCUACAUGGGAUAGGCGGCUGAUGUACGAACGCGGACUUGCCAUUGGACAAGAAUUUAGAGCCAAAGGUACGCAUGUUCAUCUUGGUCCGGCUGCUGGACCAAUGGGUCGUCACGCUCAAAGUGGACGUAAUUGGGAAGGCUUCGGACCAGACCCCUACCUUGCGGGUGUCGCAAUGAACGAGUCCAUAUUCGGAAUUCAGGGAGCUGGUGUGCAGACCUCCUCAAAGCACUACAUCGGUAACGAACAGGAAACCCAGCGUACCCGUACUACCCGGGAAGAUGGAAUCGUAAUAGAGGCGGUAUCUGCCAACAUCGACGACCGGACACUUCAUGAGUUAUACAUCUGGCCGUUCGCCAAUGCUGUCCAUGCAGGGACGACGUCCGUCAUGUGUGGUUACAAUCGUGUCAACGACAGUUACGCUUGCGCCAAUCCAGAAAUACUAAACAACAUUCUCAAAGACGAACUCGCCUUUCCAGGAUACAUUGUUUCCGACUGGGAGGCUACGCAUUCAACGGUUGAAACGGUAAAUGCAGGACUAGAUAUGGAAAUGCCUGGAACCACGAGUCCGACCGGAAUCUUCUACUUUGGCGACUCGCUCGCUGCUGCGAUGGAAGCAGGCAACAUCUCAUCCGCUCGCCUUGACGAUAUGGCUACAAGAGUCAUGACGCCAUACUUUCGGCUGGGUCAAGACGAGGACUUCCCUGUCACUGAUCCUGCCAGCGGACCUGUCUUCCUCACUUACACCUAUGGUCACCAAUCGCCCUUGGCCGCAUCCUUCCCCGAGGUCCCUGCUCGAGACGUUCGUGGCGAUCACGCAAAAGGCAUACGUGAGUUAGGUGCGGCUGGCACUGUGUUACUCAAGAACUUGAACAACACUUUACCAUUGUCGAACGAAACAAGCUUUGGUCUCUUUGGUAACGAUUUUCCCGAUCCGACUAUCGGUUCAGUCUUUCGCGACUACGGCAACGCUGCAACGGGCUACCCAAUGGGAACUCUUGAUAUCGGCGGUGGAUCUGGAACGGUACGACACACGAGCCUCGUCAGUCCACUUGAAGCCAUUCGAAACAAAAUUCGUUCUUUAGGUGGGCGCGUUCAAUGGCUCUUCGACAACGACGAGAUUGCGGACGGAAGGUUUCGUUCGAUUUACCCGAUACCGCAAGUCUGCUUAAUCUUCCUCAAGGCUUUCGCAACAGAAGGUUCAGAUCGGCCGGAUCUGGACUUCCAUUGGAAUGCUACCCUUGCGGUGGAGAGUACAGCAAAGUUGUGUCCCAACACUGUCGUAGUCACACAUGGCCCUGGUGUUGUGUUGAUGCCUUGGGCUGACAACGAGAACGUAACGGCUAUUCUAGCUGCACAUUACCCAGGAGAGGAGACUGGAAACUCUAUUACUGAUGUCCUCUGGGGCGACGUAGAACCAUCUGGUCGUCUUCCGUACUCUAUUCCAAAGGCUGCAGCGGAUUACGGUCCACCUAUUGUGGAAUUACCUCGCAAUGUCACUGAUCCAGAUGCAUGGCAGGCAGAUUACGUCGAAGGCCAAUUGAUUGACUAUCGUCGCUUCGACGCGAAUGACGAUUUGGAGCCGCACUACGAGUUCGGAUUUGGACUCUCGUAUACCAGUUUUGUAAUGAGUCAGGAGAUGAAUGUCGAGCUUCGUGGUAUGCCUUUGACGCCUGUUCCUGAUGAGUCGAAGGGAAUCGCACCGGGUGGACUCAGGGAUCUGUGGACCGUGGUCGCUGUAGCUACGGUGAACAUCACGAAUAACGGUGGCCGGGCUGGCUCUGCUGUACCACAGCUAUAUCUGUCGCUUCCUCAGGAUACAACUCCUGCAGGCACGCCCGUGAAAGUCUUGAGAGGUUUCGAGAAGGUGCAUCUCCUGCCAGGUGAGACGCAGACGGUGACGUUCAGUUUGAUGAGGCGAGAUGUUAGUUUCUGGGAUGUUGACAGUAAGACUUGGACUAUUCCAGCUGGGUCGAUUCGUUUCACGGCAGGAUUCAGCGCAAAGGACUUGCAGGCGGUAUGUGACGUUGUAGUUUUGGUCUAG